CCUACUCGCAUGUGGACGACAACAGCACCUAUCCUGCGGGCGUCGCGUAGUGCUCGGUACCUGCCAGUCCUUGCUAGAAAUUAUCCACCAGUUCGACUACCGACAUCCAACCUUCGUUCAGUUCCCCUCCGCCAACUCUCGACAUCAUCUCCCCGACAUGCUCAGUAUACACGCUUUUCGUCCGAAAAUCAACGCCACCCGUCAGGAGAUGUGAUAGAUAAUCGCAUGAAGAUUGUUAUUGCAGUUGCUGCACUCGGAGGAACAUAUUAUGUCGUGCAUUUAGAACAAGUCCCUGGAACAGGUAGGUGGCGAUUUAUGGAUAUAAGUCCCAAGUACGAGAAAAAUCUUGCACAGGCGGCGUAUAACGAGCUCUUGGCUGAAUUCCGAGGCAAGAUACUACCUUCUGAUCAUCCUGUAACACGACACGUCCAACGAGUUGUCAAUCGUAUCCUUGAAUCAUCGGACCUUGGCCACUUGAGCUCUAGUGAGCCUAGCCGGUCACUAGUGGGAACACCAGAUGACUUCUGGAGCGAAGACCCGUUCACCACCGGAAGACCUGCGGAGUCGUCUACCCCCGAAAGCGGAGGUAAAGAAUGGAAUCUGCUUGUUGUGAAUGAUCCAUCCAUUGUAAACGCCAUGGCCACCUUCGGAAAUAUCGUGGUGUUCACCGGAAUUUUACCUAUAUGCAAGGAUGAACAGGGUUUAGCUGGUGUUCUUGGACAUGAGAUCGCCCACGUGGUUGCUCGACAUGCUUCCGAACGCUAUUCGUCCUCUAAAGUAUUCCUAGCGUUAGCAGUUCUUCUGCAAACUGUCUUCGGGUUCGAUUUUGGAAUCACCAACCUCAUAAGCACGUUGCUACUGGAGUUACCCAAUUCGCGGACUCAAGAAUACGAGGCCGAUACUAUCGGCAUGCAGCUCACUGCAAAGGCAUGUUUCGACCCCCAGGCUGCUGUGGAAAUGCAUGCGCGACUCGCACAAUAUGAAAAGGCCCAUGGAGCAACAAGUUUGGAAUUCUUGCGCACGCACCCUGGUGCGGAGCGGAGAAUCAAACAUCUCGAGGAACUAAUACCAGAGGCCUACUCCACACAAGCUAGCAGCCCUCAAUGUGCAGGUACACAGGACUCUCUGAACCGUUUCAGGGAGUUUGCUCUUAGAUGAUCGUAGAUUAUCCACCAGAGUUGAGAUUUUUUGUGAAUACAUUCGGGCUCUCUCGCUGCUUAUCUUUUAUUUGUGCGAUUUGGAGUACAAAUUGAUCAAUGUUGCAAUUAGGAAAUAAAUGGCAUCAUUGAAGUAGGAGCUUCGCCAUUUUCCUGAU